AUGGCAUGGAAAGAGAAUGUUGAAUCGUUGGAUAUGGUUCUUCGAGACUUAUGUGAUGAGAAUCUGCUAUUUGGUGGUAAGCUCAUUAUGUUUGGAGGUAAUGGAGAACUGCAAACCAUCGACAAUAGCCUUGUCCACUUGCCGAGUGAGGUAGUAAAACCUCUGGAAGAUGGAAAAGAUCCCAUAACGGACCUCACAACACUUACAUUUCCUGCGUUAGACCUCAACAGUUUCAGCUCUGACAUAUUUACAACAAAGGCCAUUUUAACUCCAAUGAAUGAUGAUGUUGAUUCCGUCAACAUGGAUCUGAUUAAAAAGUUUUCGGGCGAGCCUGUUGUGUACAGAAGCUUUGACACGAUGCUUGAUGACAAUUGUAAUGUCUACCCCAUAGAGUUCAUAAAUACCCUGUGCCCUAGUGGAAUGAGCCCUCAUGAACUAAUCUUGAAAAUGGGGAGUCCAGUCAUUUUGCUCCGAAAUAUACUCCCAUCUUCGGGUCUUUGCAAUGGCACGAGACUAAUAUGCAAAGGUUUCUUCCCCAACCUGAUUCAAUGUGUGAUCAUAACUGGCCAUCAUAAAGGCAAGCAUGUUUUCAUACCACGCAUUAAACUACGGCCUGCUUCCUCCUCAAAGUAUCCAAUACUCUUUCAGAGGAAACAGUUUCCUAUCAAGCUCAGUUUUGCAAUGACAAUCAACAAGUCCCAAGGCCAGACACUUAGUCAAGUUGCUGUUUACCUUCCUCGUCCAUGUUUUUCACAUGGGCAGUUAUAUGUCGCCUUAUCACGUGCAAGACAGGCCAGCCAGGUUACAGUUAUAUCAAGGAACUCUCCACAACAGCUUCCUGGUACCGAAGUUGAAAAUGUCAUUUCGUAUGAUGUGCUAAGGCUGCCUGGUGGCCAGGAUAAUAGAAGUUACUCCUAUGCGUGUAUACGAGGUUGCAACUUUCUACUCAGUGUUCAAUCGAAGCAAUGUCCAAGGUUCAUGAUUGGUUUAUUCCCAAUUAUAUUAUAUGAUACUUCCCUCUUGCUUGAUCAUAACUAUUUGUCAUUUCUUCAGGUGGGAAUAUACCAUCUUUUGGGAUAUUGUGUGAAUGCUCCUACGAUUACCAUUGCUGACUACUCCAAUGGAUCUGAAGGGAUCUUAAAGCUCAUCGCAGAGUUCCUCAAUAUAGAUUCUGGACUGCCAUCAGUUAUAGGGUUCUUACAUGACUUGGCGGCGUAG